AUGAAACGCAGCCGAAGCAUCGCGGGACAUGAUGACCCGCAGCCGAAGCGCAAGGCACCGUCGCAUACAAAGCGUGAGGAAGCGCCAGUAGCGCCCCAUAUCGCUGCUAGACCACAGAUGAUGACCUCGUUUCCACGAGGUGGUGGCACUGGCUUGACCCCUGUCGAGUACCGACAGUCCGUGCUUGAGGGACGCCAGGAGUCCGCUGCGUCGGAUGAUUUAUUCCAAGAAUCGUCACAAAGAAAGCGUGUCAAGACGAAGAGUACAACUCAGAAAAAGAAUAGGAAGACGGAGGCUAAGACUGAUGUACCGAAGGACCGCGUGCGCGUUGAGCUUUUGAACUACAAACGCCUGCUUCCUGGUACAAAAGUGUUUGGGACGAUUCUGGCCAUUCAUCCAUUGGCUCUUGUUGUUUCAAUAUGCGAUCAAUUGCUCGCGCAUGUUCCUGUCACGAGCGUUAGCAAAAGGUUGACCGAUCGAUUACAGUCGGCACUGGAUGAAGAAGAAAAAGACGAGGAAAGUGACGGUGAGGACAUUCAUGAAACAGAAGAAGACGAAGAAGAAGAAGGAGAAGACAGAGACGAUUCAUCGCCGCCUGAGCUGCAUGAGAUUUUCUCCGUUGGCCAGUGGGUUCGUGCGAGUGUCGAGUCUGUGACAGCAGCCGGUUCCAAACGCCAGUGGGGCAUGGGCCGUGAGGGUGGCGAAUAUGAGCGAGAAAGCCAGCGAGUCCAGCUCACGAUGGAGCCGACUAUUGUGAACGAGGGCAUUCGUGCAAGUGAUCUGAGUCCCGGCUACGUUCUAUCUGCGGCUGUUCAAAGUCCCGAAGACUACGGAUACACGCUGGACCUUGGCAUAAACGAUGAUGUUCAUGGUUUCCUGCCGACGAAGGAUCGUUUGCGUGUGGGUUCUGUUGUUCUUGUCGAGGUUUCGUCCGUUGACGGACGUGCAGUGCGGUGCCAGCUUGCCACUAGUGGUGAGCCUGCGCCUGUGACGACGGCGCCAUCGCAGAGCGCGAUGCUGCCCGGUGUUCCUGUGCGAGCUUUGAUUACCUCGCAUGUGCCGCAAGGACUCAGUGUCAAGUUGUUUGGUAUGUGGGAUGGCACGGUUGAUUCAUUCCAUGUACCACGCGGUUUGGCUCACGACGAUGCCGCGCUGGCGCCAGGAAAGAAGAUCAUGGCUCGAGUCCUUUGGAACAUGCCAGCAGAUUAUGAGCAGGCGCAAGAGGCAAGUAUUGAUGCAGUUGGUGCUCGUCGGAUUGGUCUUAGUUGUGUAUCACAUGUCGUAUCACUAGAGACGCCAUCAGCGGCAGGAUCUGUCCCACUGACUCAUGCCUUUCCCAUUGGAAUGCAGCUCCGUGUGCGCGUUCAGGCCGUGUUUCGUGAGUGGGGUCUUGUGUGCGAAGUACCAGGGCAAGACAUACCAGCAUUUGUGCAUAUAUCGAGCGUGUCUGACGAGCACAUUGAUACACUAUCGGCGACGUCAGGUCCGUGGCGGGUGGGCACGGAGCAUGAAGCGCGUGUCACAGGCCAUGCACUCACUGAUUGCCUUCUCAUGAUGAGCAUGCGCGCAUCAGUGCUGUCGAAGGAGUUUAUGCGCGUAAGUGAGGUGCCUAUUGGCCAGGUUGUGCGUGUGAGCAUACGAAAAGUCACACCCAAGGCGAUUUUCGUGCGCAUGAACGGCAAUGUCGACGGAGUGGUGUUCCCUAUGCAUUUUUCCGAUGUGCGCCUGACGCAUCCCGAGAAGAAAUACAAACCGAACCUGGAACUGAAAGCCCGCAUCAUUCACACGGACCCGAUGCGAAAUCGGAUUGUGCUUACGUUGAAGCGCUCUCUCAUUACGUCGGACCUGCCUUUGCUGGCCAAGUUGGAAGACGUUCGUGUAGGUGUUGUCACGAACGCUGUCGUGCUGAAGCAGCUGCCAGCGAGCAUGUUGGUUGAGCUGGGUGGCACACUGCGUGCAGUUGUCCCAUUCGCUGAAGCCUCAGAUACAGCCAUGACAUCCGAGCAGCUGGGUGAGCUGAAUCCGACCGGCAAGGUCGUCAAAGUCCGCAUCACAAAGUUUGAGCCAGAGACUGGUCGCAUUAUGGCGAGCAUGAAACAGGCGUCAUCUGUGUACUUGCAGAGACUCAAUGUAGAUGCUGUGGAUGUGGGCGAGCGUGUGGCAGCACGCUUCGCUGGCUGGCAAGACGACGUGGCUAUCUUGGUGCUAGAGCCAUCUGGCACGCGGGCAUUGCUAUCGUUGCAUGAUCUUUCUCGUCAGCGACGUGUUGAUGCUGACAAAGUCCGUGCGUCGCUGGCGGCGAAUGAGCUCUUGUCAGACUUGUACGUUGCGAAGAAGAAUGCGGUCAAGGGCUAUGUUGUACUAAGCUAUGAGUCGCCAGAUGCUUCGAAGACAGUGGAGGUCGGUGGCAGAUACGAGGCGCGCGUCGUGGAAACGCAUCAUGACAAGCUAUACAGCCUCGUCUCGCUGUUGGGCACGCCAUGCCGUGCACGCCUGCAUGCGACAGAAUGCUCCGACUCAUUGGCAAAUGCAACUCUUCCUGAUGUCGGAGACCAGUGCACGUGUAUUGUAUUGAGCGUCCGAAAAAAGAGGCGUGAAGCUGACGUGUCAAUUCGCCCAUCGCGUCUUGCACCGAGUGACGACGUGAACGCGUCAGUCGAUGAUCCUGUUGUGGACAGUACUGCGCAGCUGGAAAUUGGCAUGCACAUUCGUGGCCUUGUCAAGGCCGUGACGAAUCACGGCGUGUACGUGUCUUUGGGACCGCAUACAGAUGCACGUGUCAUGAUCAAAGAAUUGUUCGAUGAGUAUGUGAAGGAUUUCCGAACCAAGUUCCAGGUGGGCCAGUGCGUUCGGGGAACGAUCCUCCAAAUUGAGCCAAACGGGCAAAUUGAACUCAGCUUGAAAAAGAGCCGCCUCGAAGGUGUGAAGCCAUCUGCUGGUGCAUGGUCAAAGAUUCACGAAGGCGAGAAGGUCAAAGCGCAUGUACGCGGCAUCACUGAGUAUGGAAUAUUUCUGCAAGUGGACGGCACCGACGUCAGUGGGCUGUGUCAUAAGAGCGAGCUCUCGGAUAACAAGUCUGCAAAUGCGAUUCGAGCAUUUGCCGUGGGUGACCGAGUGAAGGCGGUCGUCCUGAAGAUGGAUGCUGACAAAAGACGUGUGGCGUUUGGACUCAAGCCGUCGUACUUUGAUGAUGGCGAUUUGGACGAUGUAGACGAGGAGGAUGACGAGGAUGACGAGGAUAAUGAGGAGGAUGAGGAGGAAGGGGAUCUCAAUAGUAGUGAGAACAUUGGUGAAGAGGAUGACGAAGAUGAAGACGUGGAUGAAGACGAAGAUGAAAGCAUUGAGGAGGAGGAGGAGGAGGAUGACGAUGAGGAUGAUGGCGACGACGACGAAGAGCCAUCUGAAAUUGACGUCGAGGCUGAAGAUGUUGAUUUUGAUGGCGACGCGAGCGACGAUGGGGAUGAGGAUGUCGUUGAUUACGAGCUUGAUACCGAAUCAGAGAAGCCAAUGCGCUCAGUCCAAGAAGGAUUCCGUUGGGGCGCUUUGAAUGAUGUGCCAGACGAUGACGACAACGGCGACGAUGAUGAUGAUGAUGACGAUAUGGACGGAGCGCGACGCUCGUCGCAAGGUCUCGAAAAAGUCCAUGUCAGAUGA